CGGAGCAGCUGUGUCGUGCGUUGAGCGGACGGUGAGGCAGCGUUAAGCUUAAUUAAUUAGUGGAUUGUUGCCUAGUUUGGAACCAGUCAGUGAAGGGCAAAAUGGCCGCCUUAGUUAAAUUUACCAAGGCCGGAGCCCUGCGGGUUCCAGAGAGGCUUGCCUCAGCUUUCGUCGUAAAGCGCCACCAGGCUACUCAACCUACUGACAUCAACUUGACAAACUACAAACGUGGCACUGGGGGCAGGUCAUCUUUUAGUGGGCUAGUUGUGACAGUGUUUGGAUGUAAAGGAACACUGGGAUAUAAUUUGGCCAACAGAUUGGGUAAGAUUGGAUCUCAGGUGAUUAUUCCCUACAGAGGUGAACCAAGUGAAGUCAGGGACUUGAAAUUGAUGGGUGACUUAGGACAGAUUCUUUUUAAUCCGAUUGAGUUAAGGGAUGAAGACUCCAUACGCAAAGUGUGCCAGUAUUCCAGUGUUGUGAUCAACUGUAUCGGCAAGGAAUACGAGACUCUGAACUACACGUAUGAUGAUGUCCACAACAAGGGAGCCCGUCUGAUUGCCCGCAUUGCCCAGGAAAGUGGUGUGCAGCGGCUGAUACACGUCUCGGCUCUCAAUGCAGGUCACAGGUCUGAUGGCAAGUACAGGCCUGGGGGAUCCCAGUGGCUCAUUUCCAAGGGGGAGGGGGAGGAGUCUGUGAAGGGGGAGUUCCCAAACGCCACCAUUAUCAGACCAGCAGAGUUUAUUGACACCAACGACUACUUCACCACAUACUACCUGGGCAGAGGUCGGUACAUUAGAAGGUUUCGACCAUUCCGGCAAGGAACUCAUUACCCUAAGGUUAUCCCGCUCCACAACAACGGAGAGGCGAUAAGAAUGCCUGUCUUAGUACGGGAUGUUUCUAUGGGAAUCAUUGCAGCCAUGCGUGAUCCGUCUACUGCUGGCAAAACAUACCAGUGUGUUGGGCCCCAUGCAUACAAGUUAGGAGAUCUGGUUAAAUUCAUGGUGGCCUGCCAUGGACAGAAGUUCAAAGUUGAGAGUGGCUAUGGAAAUUUGAUUAACCGAGUGGCAUUUAGAGAAAAAGUUUACCAUACACUAAAAUUCCCAUACCCAAAAUGUACAUUGGAUAAGUUGGAAAGGGAGACAGUAUCUGACUGCCUUGAUCCCAGCCUGCCCACUCUAGAGGACCUUGGUGUGACCCCUGAGAACAUCGAGGACACCAUAUACUUCCUGCUGCGCAGUUAUGCUGACCCCUCUGGUAUCUUCAGUGACCACAUUAGGGCGAGGAAGCCACCCACACCUGACAUCAUAUUUGACACCCUGCAAACCCAACACUGAAUGUUGCUAAAUAAAUGAGUAAAAUAAAUGACUAGCUGUGUUAUUGCUGUUUUUGGAUGGUGCAAAGUUUACUUGCAGAAUUAUAUUUAUUAAUUUUAAUGCAAGUGCUUCUUUUCUAAAUCUUGGGAAACAGAAGUAAUUAUUCUUUAUAAAGAGCGUUUUUGAAAACAGAAUGUUUGUGGAAAGUGAAGACUUUAUUAUAUCGUGUAAUAAGUAAAAGGCAAACUGUUACAUGCAGAAUAUUGAUGUUGUUUGACUGUAUUUAGAUGUGCAUUCUGCAUUUGUUUAUUAAAAUUUAUAAACUU